AUGGCGUCCACAAAAACUGUUCCCGCCUUUUAUCGCAUCAUCUUCACCUACGUUGAUCCUAUUGUCGCAUUUGCAACAGGCUAUGGCCUUGUGUUUCAUCGCGACGCCAUGCUCGGCAUGCUUUCACCGCUCUUCACCCCACGCGCGGUAGCGUACGAUCCCUGGCUGUGGCAGGUUGCAGCUGCAUAUUGGAUGGUCGCUGUUCUCCAGGGAGGCCUGUUACGAUAUUCCGACGAUCUAGGGGUCUGGAAGAUCUGCAACGGGGCGAUCUGUGUUAUGGAUGUCAUGCUUAUGUUCAGCAUGUGGGAGAUGAGACAGCCUCCACACAAUUGGUCUAUGGCGACAAUGUCGCAGCAGGAUUGGAGCAAUGUGUAUGGCGCGGUGAUAUUUGCUGUUAUCAGGAUCUUUUUCAUCCUAGAAGUGGGCUAUUCUAGUCAGAAGACCAAGAAGAAAACUCGGUCUGCAUAA